AUGAGCGUUUUAAAUCCAACAUAAGAACAAUUAUCAGUGCUAAAAGAGCAUUAUAAGGAUAUUAUUUUGAACUGGCCUGAAGGUUACGAUUUCUGCGAAGUUUGUCUAAUUAAAGAAGGAAUGCAACAAGAUGAUCUAAUUUUUUGUGAACUCUGUAAUGGCCUUGUUCACUAAAGUUGUUACGGAGGAGAACUGCUUGAUAGCAUUCCAGAAAAUGAUUGGUAUUGUGAAAGAUGCAGAGAGUACAUCAGAGAUUAUAUGAACGAGUAGAAAUUGCACGACUUGUCUAGCAUUAGAUGCUACUUUUGCCCUGAAUAAAAAGGAAUAGUCAAAAAAGUCACUAUUCAACAUUCAGGAACGUAAAUAUGGUCGCAUGUUGGUUGCGUUUCUUCAAUAAAAUCUUUGAACUUUGUUGACAGUACAAGAAAUCUCAUAGUUUAGAAAUACAGUCCUAAGAGGACAACUGAUGAAUGCAAGAUAUGUGGGCUAAAGACAGGAAAUUGCGGCUAUUGCCAUACUUCUGGAUGCAAUUUCACUUUCCACUUUUCGUGUGGGAAAAGGAUAGGAAUCAUACAAGAUGUAAUUACCAUGAACACGUUAAUGGAAUGCAGAGAGAAAUAGUACAAAAAUUCUGAACCAGAGCAUCAUGUUGUCUUUUGCGAAGAACAUCUCUAUAAUUUAAGCUAUGUCGAAUAUCCUAAUGACAAAUUUCUCAAAGAAUUCAUUUAGAAUAUGUACAUUUAAAGAGAGACAUUUGAAAAUGAAGGAGAUAAUUUGAGUGUGUUGAUAGCAAAUCAGUAAAAAUGUGAUAAAAUUGAAUACAACAAAAGCUAGCUUUAAGAGAAAUAUAUAUAGAAAAAAUAAUAGCUACGUAAAAGUAAGAAAACAAGCUCUAACUCUUUGCCACAAUCAAAGCAAAAUAUCAGAGAUAAAAGUAGAAGUAGAAGUAGAAGUCGCUCUCCUCCAAAAAGCGAUAGGAAAAUUGCAGGGGGUAAAAAGCCUAAAAGUUCUGAAUCCCAAUUAGAAAUUAGUGAAAAGGAGAUCGGAGCAUCAAAAAAACCUGCUUAAAAAUCUAAGGCGGCUUAAUCAUAAUCGUAGACUGGCUCCAAAGCUCCUUCUAAGGGUAAGAAAGAAGAAGAAAAUAAAAGCUAACAAUCCAAUCCAACUUAAGCUGGAAAAUCUAAAGGUGGCAUUUCAUCUUCAUAGUCACUCUCUCAAAAUGACAAAGCAAACAAAUCUAAGGUAGCAGCAACAACAGCAGCAGUUUCUUUGUAGCCAUAAAAUUAACAAACCUCAUCUAAAAACGACUAAAAUAGUUAAUCUGGUUUAAGCUAAACAAAAAAACAAACAAAAAAGGGUAAAAACGAUGACGAACAAAGCAAUUAGCUUAUUGAAAAUUAAGAUAAUUGGAGGAGAAUACAAAAUGUUAUGUAGAAGUAUGAUUAUAGGGAAAAAUAAUUUAAUAAUAAUAGUAACAAUAACUCAGAGGAAUAAAAGUCAAACGAUGAAGCAUUUAAAACUCCGUUUUAUAUAUUAGAAGAGCUCAAUAAGACUCUGCCCAAGAGGACAACAGUGGAAACAUCUUUAAAGAGUGAUGCAACUGAAAAAAAAGAUAACUUGGAGCAAAGCGAGGAUAGCAAGGUUUUACAAAACAAUUAUGAUGAAUGCAGCAAUAGUGAAUUUAGAGACUCAAGCAGCAAUAUGAUGCAAAUGAUAGAACUUGAUUCGACAGUUUUAGAUUAGGAUAAAAUAAUUGAAGAGCAGAAAUAAAGCGAACUGCAAACUAAUUACUAAAACACUUCUAAUAGUAAUAAGGAUAAGAUGUUUGUUGUCCCUAUUCCUAAAUCAAGCCAGUCUAAAGAAGUAAAGGAUAUCAAUAAUUAAGAAGAUGCUGAAUAAAGCUCUAAGAAACUUUAGAAAAAGCCCAACAAGCUUUCUGAUGAUGAAAAAUCUCGUGUGUACAAAAAAUUUAUAAUUGAAUAUGUAAAAUUGAAUAGAAGCAAACUGCAAGGACCUUAGAGCUUGUACAUAAUUCAUCCUGAAAUGAUGUAAAUCAUGCAAAUUUAAGCUGCAUUACCUUAACGUAAAUGGAAAAAGGAAAUAGCUCAUUUCUUUGUACAAAAAGAGUGUCUAAAUCCUAUUUAAAAAGAGGUUUAAAUAAAAAAGUGCAUUAAUUAGAGAAUAAUUGAUUUAUUCUCUGACAGAAAUAUUCCAACAAACAUUCCUUCUAAAAAUUUCUAUAAACUUUUCAAAGCCAAUUUCAUGAUUAAAGUUUAUGACAACGUCAAAUAACUCUCAGAGUAUGAAGAUAUUUUAGACAACGCAUAAGAAAGCUAAGAAAAUUAAGAUAAUUAAGUAAAACCUACAAGUCUAAGCUAAGAAGAAAACGAAAUAUAACCAAAUUAAAUUGCUUAGAAUUAACAAUAAACAACUGAAAUAUGUAAAAAAUAAUAGGAUUAACCAUUAAAAGAUAACUAGAUUGUUGAAGAAAAUGCUGUUGAUCAUGAAAAAUUAUGCCAAAAUUUACCAGAAAAAAUGCAAGAAGAAAAAAUUCAAAAUGGAGAUAUUCAUUAAUAAAUAUAAAGUGAUUAAUAGGAAAAUUAAGCUGUUUAACAAGAUAAUAAAGAUGCUUAAUAGGAAAUUUAGAAAGAUUAGCAAGAAAAUAAAGAUUUUUAGAAAAAUUAGAAUCCUUAAGAAGAGAGUAAAAAUGUUGAUAGUGAAAAAAUCGUCUAAAAUGAAAAUUAAAAUGUCAUCGAAGAAGAAAUUUAGAAACCUUAAUCAGAAAAUAAAAAUAUUGAACAAGAAAAUCAAAAUAUUUAAUAGCAAGUUUAAAAUGUUUAAUCAGAAGAUUAAAAUAUUUAACAAGAAAUAAAAAGUAAUUAAUAGGAAAAUUAAAAUGCUUAGUAAGAUGAUUAAAAUUUAAAACAAGAUAAUUCAAGUGAUAAACAAGAAAAUUUAAAUAUUUAGGAAGAAAAUCAAAAGGUUUAGUAAGAAAAUGAAAGUACGUAAUAAAAUAAUUAAAAUGUUGAAUAAGAGCAUAGCUAAUAAGAAAAAUAAAGUGAAAAAGAUAUUUUAGCUGAAUUACCAGAAUCAGUAAAUCAAAAAGAUGAUUUGAAAAACACAGAAACAUAAAAUAAGUAAUAAGAAAAUGAAAGUUUUAAAUAAAACCCAACAUAAGAAAGUGAAAGUAAAAUGUAGAUAGAAAGUGAAUAACCUAAUUUAUAAGUUGAAGAAUAAACAGUAAAUGAUCAUUAAAAAAUGCAAAUUGAAGAUGGAGAAGAUAAAGCUCCAUAGUAAGAAUAAGUAUAAGAAGUUGUUUAAAAUUAAUAGUCAGAGAGCAGUUCUAACAACAACCAAUGA